AUGGCUCUCAGCCACUGCCACUCCCUUGGGAGCUUCAGUGCCCCCCAACUCUCAGCCAUCAUCCAUGCCUCCAACCCUAUGAGCUUCGACGAUGGGUUGUGUUUGCCCAGCAGCUGCCAUGGCAGAACCUGGCUCCUGGACAACUUUCAAGAAACCUGUAGUAAAACUACCAGCUGCCAAUUGACCAGUUGUGAACAGAACCUUUCAACUGGAGACUCUUGCAAGCAAAGAACCUGUCUUCCCACAUGCGUUCAAACAACUUCUUCCAUUUCCAAGCCGUGUGAAAAGGUAGCAUGCCAGUCGCAAAGUCUGCCAGCAGUGUCCUCGGAGUGUGCUUCUCAGCCUUGCCAGUCAGGAAAUAGCCACCAACUGGGCUUUGCAGCCCCGAGCCGCCAGCCUGCGAGCUACAUGGCAAAGUGCAGUGCACCCAAGACUUCUUUGUUCAAGAAACACCAGACACUGCAAUGUGAAUCUACGCAGUGCCAGAGUCAGAACCCUGAAUCCAGCUCCUGUGGACUUGUGGUGAAUGUGGCACUUGAGCCGCAAAAGCAGGACUCUCCUUGUGCAUAUGAACCGACUUGCUGUAUUACUGGAGGUUUGCAAUCACCUAGUAAGUGA